AUGUCAACUUCAGAUAAGCAGGCCGCACAAGAUGCGGCGCCGGCUGAGGGCACAGGGCUUCGAGCCAAAUGGUAUCGCACCCCCUUCUACAAUGCUACAAUCCUUGGAUUCUGCAGUCUGGCCGCCCCCGGCUUGUGGGGGGCUAUGAACAGUCUGGGAGCUGGUGGCGGGCAAGCGCCGUACCUGGUCAACACCGCCAACGCGCUUACAUUCUGUCUCAUGAUCGUUUCCUGCUGGCUCACCAGCUCACUCGUCAAAUAUGUCGGGAUCAAAGGAGCACUUGUGGUCGGAACCGUUGGGUACGCACCCUACAGCGCCGGCUUAUACCUCAACAACCGAUAUGGCGUGGAGUGGCUCGUCAUCCUCGGCGCUGCCUCUUGCGGUAUAUCAGCAGGGAUAUUCUGGGCCUCAGAGGCCGCGAUAGCGAUUGCGUACCCUGAGCCGAGAAACCGCGGGCGCAUGAUCGCAUACUGGAUCACCUGGACCUGUGUCGGGCGCAUCCUGGGCGGGGCUAUCAACCUGGGCCUGAACGCGGACCGGAACACGGCGGGCCAGGUGUCGUACACGGUCUAUCUGAUUUUCGUCGCGCUCCAGGCCUCGGGGCCGUUCGUGGCCUUGCUUCUCAACCGGCCAUCCAGAGUCCAGCGCUCGGACGGCAAACCGGUGGAGCUGUCUAUUUACGACAACCCAUGGCAGGAAAUCAGGGCGACGACGCGGGCGUUCCUGAACAAGAAGUUUUUACUCCUGAUCCUCUGGAUCGGCCAGGGUGUAUACUCGGAGGCUGUGUACUACACAUACAUUGCCCUCUGGUUCAGUGUACGAGCUCGUUCGUUGGGAUCAUUCCUCUCUGGGGUCGUCGCGAUCAUCUCCACCAAUCUGCUGGGGUCCUGGUUGGAUCAGAACCAAAUCGCCAUCAAGAAGAGAGCUCGGUGGGCAUUUGCUGUCAUCAUGGUCACCCAAGGAGCCUGGUGGAUCUGGCUUACCAUCAACGUCACCGAGUACCGACGCACUGGACCGCUUUUCGACUGGGCUGAUGCGGGCUUCGGAAGGGCUUUCGGUCCGUUCAUAUUCCUUGUCGCCGGAUUCCAGCUCAACUACAACUUCGCCUUCUAUCUCAUUGGUCAAAUCUCCGAAAGUCCACAGGAGACUAUCCGUCUGGCUGCCCUCUUGCGUGGAACAGAGUCGGCGUGGCAAGCGCUAAGCUAUGGCCUCAAUGCGCUUCCGAUCUUUGCGACGGUUGGAGGUACAUACUUCAAUUUUGGUAUCUGGGCUCUUGCCUUAUUGCCUGCGUGGCUGGUGGUAAGCAAGAUUGGAGUUGAAGAACCGGGGAGCGAGAGUGGGGCUGUACAGGAGGAGCAAAGCCAGGACUGGAUAGAUGGGAAGACUAAAGUCUAA